CUCGUUACCCCAGUGUGUUUUACGACAUCUAGGUAAGGUUUACGUCUGUUCGUUGCAAGAAAAGUAAACAAGUUAGUCAACCCUGGUGCAGCGUGGUUUGGCAAACUUUGAAGACGUUUACAGAGUUAAAAUAACAGAGUGACAAUGCUCCUCCAAUACCGGGCCGUUGUGUCACUCAGACGCUGCAUGGCCACUCACGUGACAAGAGGACCUUUGGUGGACAUGGCAAGACCCAACUCGGGCAUGUCUGAAUUCCGAGAGGCCUUUUCCAAAGCCCAGCACAUAGCAAUCAUCACAGGGGCUGGUGUCAGUGCUGAGAGCGGACUCCCGACUUUCCGUGGUGAACAUGAGAAAUGGAGGAAAUGGCAGUCACAAGACUUGGCUUCUCCAGAGGCCUUCUCUCGCUACCCGUCACGGGUGUGGGAGUUCUACCAUCACAGGAGAGAGCUAGCGUUGAGCAAAAAGCCCAACUCUGCUCAUGUGGCCAUAGCAGAGUGUGAGGCCCGGCUGAAAAAACAGGGCCGCUCUGUCGUCGUCAUCACCCAGUGCAUUGACGACCUGCACCAACAGGCGGGCUCCAAACAUGUGCUCAGGAUUCACGGUAGUCUGACAGAAACACGCUGUUUGACUUGUGGAGAUGUGACCGUCAACAAGCGCAGCCCCAUAUGUGCUUCUCUAAAGAACAAAGGUUCCCCGGACCCAAAUGUAGCAGAUGCUGACAUUCCUGUGGAUAAACUUCCAAGGUGUUCUGAAAGUGACUGCCACGGUUUGCUGAGGCCAAAUGUCGUGUUUUUUGGGGAGACGUUGAACUCUCAUAUCCUGACCAAGGUGGAAAAAGAGCUGGAAGUUUGUGAUCUCUGUCUGGUGGUGGGUACGUCGUCAAUCGUCUACCCGGCAGCCAUGUUCGGGCCCCAGGUUGCAUCCAGAGGGGUCCCAGUUGCGGAAUUUAACCUACGAAUGACACCAAAGUCUGAGUACUUCACGUACCACUUCCAUGGUCCAUGUGGAACAACGGUGCCAGCAGCCUUGGCACGGCACGAGUCCGAGGUCUAAGCACAGGCACCUAUCGGUGACUUUUGGCAACAGUCCAAAACAAAAAGGGGAUGUUGUAUUCUCUUCCAAAUGUUUGCCUUAGAAUGCUUCUGGUGCUUGGGUGCCUAGCAUGCAGGUGACUCAAUACUUGAAAGUGCUGCUCAAUAACUGGAAAUAAGAUAUCAUGUAUGCUUGGAGUUUUAGGAAUCAGUAAUGCAUCUUGGUUGAUUGCGAAGAGGGAUGUUACAUAUGCAGUAGAUUACUAUUUCUUUACUUUUUCUACAAUGUACAUGUUUGGAAUCGUUAACAACAUUCAAAUGUACUGUAAUGUAAAUUUUGCAGUCAGGUAUACUGUAACAAGCAUAUUUGGGUGCUCGGGAAGAAUUAUUUCUCCUUGUGUCAUCUCGUGCCUCUCACACUGUCCACGCUGCCUUGACCAAACAUUUGCUUUAGCCUUGACCAAACAUUUGCUUUAAACCUUACAGAGCAAAAUGAGCUCAUGUUACACAGAUUUAUUGCACACAGCAAUACAUGCCUUCCAUGUUCCAGUCAGUGCAUUCUUACUAUGUAUCUAAUCAGGGUAGAUGGGUAUUGUGCUUUGUAAUAUUUUGUACAAAAAUAUCAUGCACACUUUCUUACCAUGUAUUCAAAUUAUAAUGUUCAAUGAAAUAUUCUAAUGCAAUAAUUCAGAAAUAUAUUAAAUCAUUUAAGUCUUGAAUGAAAUUGAAUCCUAUACGAUUUUUCUAAGGCACAGAUAAAACUGCAUGUGCUAUGAUUGCAUUAGUGCAUUGAUCAAAAAAUAUCCAUCUCUGUGUGGACUUUGCAUGUUCUCCCUGUGCAUAUGUGGGUUUUAUCCAGGUACUCCGGUUUUCUCCCACAUUCCAAAAACAUGCUAGGUUAAUUGGUGACUCCAAAUUGUCCAUAGGUAUGAAUGUGAGUGUGAAUGGUUGUUAGUCUAUAUGUGCCCUGUGAUUGGCUGACGACCAGUCCAGGGUGUACCCCGCCUCUCGUCCAAAGACAGCUGGGAUAGGCUCCUGCAUGCCUGCGACCCUCGUGAGGACAAACGGUAGAAAAUGAAUGAAUAAAUGAGUAGCUUAAAUAAACCAAAAAAAUUUUAAAAAUGUUGAUGACUAAUAACGCAAGACUUUGUAUUGAAAUAUAUAUAUAUUUUUUCAGCCUUUUCACAAAACACUAAAUAAUUUAUAAAGAUAUCCAAUUAGCACCCUGCAUGUUUUAGAUUUUUCAGUAUUCAGUUCUGUGUGGGGAAAAAGUUUGGACACCCCUGUACCAAUGUUAGACCCCUUGCAAAACAUUUAAAUUCAGUAAAUUGGUCAAAUGUGACAAUUUCUGGUUAACAUUGAGCUAACACAGAAAACAGUUAACACGCAAAAUAUCAAAUUCUGACCUGCAUAUAAUCAAUGCAGUGAUUCUUAUGAUGCUUCUUAAUAGGCUCUAUUCAGAAUAAACAUACAACGUGCAAGCUGUAAACCCAGUCCCAUGCUUUAUGAAUAUCCAUUCAGGUAUGUUCUAUUCAUAGCAAAUUCACAACACUGCAAAUGAGACAGGUGCGGAAUCCUGCUUAGCACACACCUACACAUGUACACACACACACACACACACACACACUCAUCAUCCUUACCUUUCCCUGAACUGUUCAUGUUUAAACGACUGUGAUGACAAAUCCUGACAGUUAAUGCGUCCCUUUCUCCCCAUUUUCUUAUUAUUUUUAGAAAGCAGGAUAUUCCCCCUGUGGAAUGAGACAACAAGGAAACAAUUACCAGGUUUUUAUGUGUGUGUGUGCAUUCCUUUCACCUACUUCCUACAUGAUGCUGAUUGGCAAGGAGUUGUUUUUGU